AUGGGGCGGAGCCUAGCCUUUGCUGUUAAUGGAUGUGUGUUUCCUCGGCUCCGUGCACAAGCGAGCAAUAUUGGUUUAUUUAUAACAAAAAUACACCUUAAUUCAAGGAAAUAUUGUGACCCAGCCCGGUGUGAAUGAAGAUGGGUCGCAAAUCCAAAAAAGCCGGCCGGAUAAACCAAAAUUGGGUGGUGAUAUCGUAGAUCUCUUCUGAUAGGCCAGGGCCUAUUGGGAACUCCAUUCUUGGCUACACAGACUCCUUGGAGGAACUAUCACCCGAAAAGGAGGACAAUCCCCAACCUUCAAGGCCAAAAGCAACUGCAGGCCACACUGUGGCGGCAAUCAGAUCAGACUUCGCAUGCCUCACGGGUCGGCUACAGGCGGUGGAACAAACCACAAGCGACCACACACCACAACUCACGACCCUGGACAAGUCUUCCCAAGAGGUACAACAUACCCUCGAGACCCAGGAAAGGCGCAUAAUAUUCAUCCAAGAUAUCACGGUGGCGAAGGCCGCAUUGAGAACUCUGGGCCUGCCACGGGACUUGCCCCCCGGAGCCUUACCUGCAGUUCCCUCUCAUAAUUGGAACCCAGACAGAAUUAACCCGUUCACUCUGAGGCAUCCCACCGUUGAUCCAUACAUCGCAGCAAUGACCUGA